UCUGCCCCGGCUGGAUGAGUGCUCCGGGCUCCCAAAUGCCGGAGGGGAGGUCAGCCCCGCGCCUGGAGCGGCUGAAAGGCUGAUAGGGGAAAUCCAGUCCCCUGAAUAUGUAACAGCCCGGCGAUUAUUGUCUCUCUUUUACUAUUCUCUGUGUUACACAAGUUAGGAGACAAAUGCUAACCACACAUGAAUAUCAAUCAGAUGCCAUAAAAGAGCAGCUGCAAUGCCUCAUAAAUGGUUUAAUCCUGUUACUAGUGAAAUAGCCAUGACUUCUCCAUUCCUUCGGCACCGAGUCGUUUCAGAGAGGAGGGAUGGAAAUUAAUUUUGCUCUACCUUGGAAACGCACGCUCGCCCCUGGCGAUUCAGCGGCGCGGGGGGAUGUGCGGGCUUUAAAGUUUUAUUUACGCAGAAAUAAUGCCGGAGAGUCGGGCCAUUGUACCCCGUUUUCACAGCGGAAAGUGCGUAUAUAAGCCUUUUUGCUCGAUGGGGGAAAAAUCAUCUGCAAAUAAAGGUCGGUCUGUGCUGUAUUAUGGGAUGUCUAGCUUCAAGUGAAAGCUCACAGAGCAGAUUUCUUGCCAGCUCGGCCCAUUAAAGGAGGAUAGGACCUGAAUGGAUAAAAAUCAUGUUGUGGUGGUGCCCCAAACAGCUUCUCACAUACGUAUAAGCCCUGGGUUUACUGUGACGGCUUAGGGAUUAAUGAAGUGCGCUUUAAUUAAAUAAUUGGUCAAUAGAGAAAGGACAGCAAAAUGAAUGCCUGCAGGAAAUAAUUGGGCUCUCGCAUUGCCAAACUUAAACAUUUAGGUAAACAAAACAAUUAAAGCUUCAUCAAGCGUUGUUAGACGAGUCAGCAGCAUAUAGAUUGUUGGCACAACAGAGAUGCCUGCCUUGCUGUGAUUUAUUUGCACGCUCAGGGGGGUGCUGGGGCUGUUAUCAGUGUGUGUCUGAGCAGGAGUCAGCUGCAGAGGUGGGGAAGCACCAGGCAGGCUCAGCAGCAGCAGUGACCAUGGGGCACCCUCUCCCCACGCCUCCAGGCUUUGCAGUGCCUUGUUUUAGAGAUUCCUCACAGGAGCUGCUGGAGAGUCUUCAAAAAAACCUGUUAAUUUAUGAGGCACAUAUGAGGGCUGUUGGACUUUGUGGCAUUUUCCUGCUCAGGCGAUUAGCUUUCUGGAACAAGAAUAUUUGUCCAAGAUUUGCCUUUCCAGAUAAACUGUAUUAUUUAUUCAUCCCAUUAUUUCUGCCGCAGCUAUUGGAUUUUAUUUUUUUUUUUAUGCUGUUAUCAUAACAAGAAGAGGAGCAAAAUCCUGACUUUCAAAUGUGUAUUUCUGACUGUGCAUAGCAUUUGAUGUGCUUCCCUGGGAAACACCGACUUGCCCAGUGCUGUGCAUGUACAGAUUCGUGUCAGGGACUCUUGUGGUGCUCAGUGUGGGAAGAUGAGCCACAGUCACUCUGAGCUGAGCAGACCCAACUAAUGCAAGGUGCAGAAAAUUUGUUGUUAUUUGCUUGGGUGGUGUUGUGCAGUAACUUUUUUCCUCUGGUGUUUUACAGAAGGCAAACAAGGCGCUUCAUCAUUUGAUUCUUUUGGCAGGUGGGAAGCAAAGAGGGAAGGAAAGGCAGAGAAAAACAAGCUUGCAGUAAAAUAAAAAGGUCAAAAAGGAUCAUUUUUCUUUGCAAAACACACGGUUGUUGUUCUCUGAUUUCUAGAAGGUGAAAGCAUUUCCCGGCAGAAGGGGAUGUGCGUGUCAGGGCGAGGGAGGAAUGGAAUUGAAUUGGAGAAGAGAUCAGGUAUGAUCAGGAGACAGUCAAAACACCAGCAAUUUAGAUAAAGCAUUAAUAAACAAACAGCCUUUGGAGUGUGAGAGGAUUGAGCUUGCCAGCUAGGACUGCUUCUGGGGCUGCUUUAUUUACUGCUAUGGAAAAUGAACUGGGAAAAAAAAAAAAUCUGCUAUUCCUUUUGAAUUUUCUUUAUGGAGACCAAAUUAAAUCACUUUUAAAAUCCUUAUUAUGCAUGGAAAUGAAUGCAGGUCCCCUUUUCAGUUCACGGAUUUUAACAUCUCCAUUUUACUCUUCUGCAGACUGGACUUUACUUCUACUAACUAAAUAUCAGCAAUUACAUACACUAGAUCAAAACAGAAGCAUUCUUCCUUGCCAUUUUUUUUUACAUAUUUGACCUAAAAACAUUCUGCAUAUUGAGAAUAAGCUGAAGACGGUGUGGUGCCACCAGACCCAAACCGUGACGUAACGUGCAUGACUAAGAAGCCCACACGGAGAUGGGGGCCAAGCCCUCUGGGUUUCUGCGUCUGUUUUUAGCGGGGCAGGGUUUAGGAUGCUCUCAGCUUCUCAUUUUCCCUCUGUCCCCCAGAAUCGCAGAGUACUCCUACGGGCAUCAGAAGAAAUCGAGCAAGAAGAAGAAAAUCAGCAAGAACGACAUCCGCCUGGUACCGCGGGACGUGGAGGAGACGGAUAAAAUGAACGUUGUGAGCUGCUCCUCUCUCACUUCCUCCCUCAACUACUUCGACUACCACCAGCAGACCCUGCCGCUGGGCUGCCGCCGCUCCGAGAGCACCUUCCUCAACGUGGAGAGCCAGAACAACAGGAACGCCGGCUCCAACCACAUCUACCACCACACCUUCACGGGGCAGAGCCCCCAGCAGCCCGACCUCAUCAUCAACGGCAUGCCGCUGCCCGAGACUGAAAACUACUCCUUUGAUUCCAACUACGUGAACAGCAGAGCUCAUUUAAUAAAAAGCAGCUCCACGUUCAAGGACUUGGAGGGGAACAGUCUGAAGGACAGUGGCCAUGAGGAGAGCGACCAGACGGACAGCGAGCACGACGUGCAGCGGGGCCUCUACUGCGACACGGCCGUCAACGACGUGCUCAACACCAGCGUCCCCUCCAUGGGCUCCCAGGGCCCCGAGCAAGAGCAGAGCGAGGGUUUCCACUGCCGGGAGGAGUGCCGCAUCCUGGGCCACUCGGACAGGUGCUGGAUGCCCCGCGGUGCCGUGCCCAGCCGCGCCAAGUCCCCCGAGCACGGCAGGAACGUCAUCGCCCUGUCCAUCGAGGCCACGGCGGUGGACGCAGAGCCUUACGCAGACUGCAGCACAAAAAGGACCUUCGCCACCUUCGGCAAGGAGGGCGGCGAGCCCCCGGCCGAGGAGCGGCUCGCCAACCCCAAAGGCAAAAGAACGGUGGACUCGGCUGCCUGCAGCCCCAAGGUGAGCGGCGCCGUCCGCGAGGCCGGCAAUGGCUGCGAGGCCGUGAGCCCCAUCACCUCGCCCCUGCACCUGAAGAGCCCCUUGUCCGGCAAGCCGGGAGCGCCCUACGGGGCCGGGCACUGCGCCGGCAGCCGGGAGCCCUUGGGGAACACUGGCCCUUCCCGGCCCUCCGAGGCAGAGCCCCGGGGCGCGGACAGCGAGAGCAGCGGGCAGGAGGGCAACCCGCUCCUGCAGGAGCGCCGGGAAAAGGACUCGCCCGGCGCCCGGAGACUAAAGGACAUCGUCCUCUGAGCAGCGCUCGGCCGGAGGAGGACGAGGACGAGGGACCGCACGACUCCCAGCGCAGAUUGUUUUUAUCGCUUACCAAUGGUUCACAGAUUGCUGUAUUUAAAAGCUUUCCCUAAAUGUAUUGUUUAUAAGCGAAGCUAUCGUUAAUGUGACAAUCGCACGUGUCUCGCCAGGCGGCAGGGUGUGUGCAGCCGGAGCGGAGGAGCCGCUGUUCCGCUCCUGCCGGGAGGCGGCGGGUGGCGGGGGCACAGCCAGACCCCCCCAGUCCUCAGGAGCGCUCGGUACCCCCUCCUCGGAGUUUAUAUAUUUUUGUAUCUCAAAACGAAGAUAAAUUUCCAUUCCCGGAGAGAAUUGAGUGGCAAAUUCCUUAUUCGGACACCUUUAGUUACCACCCCGGCGAUUUUGUAGCGGACGAAGUCGCGGCUGUUUCUUGUGUGGGACUGUUCAAAGUGGCAGUCGGGUGAGUUUCGGUUCAAAUUCACCCAGCACGAGGUUGUUUGUAUUUUAAGGUGUUGGUGUUUUGCUAUGGACACCCCUGCAUUUAUGAAUCCUUUUGCUGUCACAUACUUACCUGUACUAUUAUUGUAUUUGAUAUUGCAAAUUACUGUAUGUCUAGUGAUGGCAAAAGGCUUUCAGGCUUAAAAAAAAAAAAAAAAAGAAUAAAAAAAAAUAAAUCACAAUCAUCUUACUUAAACUUUGGGGAGCCUGCAGUUUGCAGCCCCCGUGGAGCAAGCGCUUCCUCCAGCCCCCACCAUUGCCUGCAGCCUCCCCCGGCUCCUGCAGGAAAAGGACAGGGCGUUAUGGGAAGGCAUUUUUGGGAAAAUCCUGCCUGGAUUGCAAUUGUCGGAUGCACUGUGCUGAACUUUUCCCCUUACCCGUUUCUUUUGUAUAAUUUCGAGGCAAUGCAUGGAAAGGUUUUUUUUUUUUUCCAGAAGUUGGUUAUUUUGGUUUUUUUCCAGUUCCCAGAUUUAGAUAUCCCUCGCCUCCAGUCAUUUCCAAGUCAAAGAGAUGGAAUUAUUUUAAGAGAUCUAAAUUAACUUCUCAAUUAGACACACACACUUCCAAGUCAGCGUUUCCUAGCCAUGAUUGCACCAAGAGUGUGUAUGUAGGUAUGACAUCAUGGCAUGGAUUUUAGACUGUUCCGAUUUCUUUCUAUCCCUGCAUCAUAAAUAAGUAUGGAAUGAGCAAUAGUGACGUUAAUUUAGGGGCAGACAGGUAAUAUGUAACAACUCUACUAAUUCAAUUAAUGUGCCUUCUUAAUGGAGAAAAAAUUAAAGCAAUUCUUUAUUUUUUUUCUCAUAAUUAAGGACUUUUUUGUGUGGGUACAAAUCUACUCAUAUAAAAUUGAUUUGAAAAUUGAGCUACUUUAAUAGCCAUUUUGUAGAAGGGAGAGAGGGAAGGGAUUCCACAGCUCUCUGCUCUCUUGCAGCGAUGAUUCCUCAGUGAGGUAUGAGUAAGGUAGGAGGAUUUCAGUUAGUGUAUUAAUUAUUAUUAUUGCUAUUAUUAUUAACCCUUCACUGGGCAGAUUUUUCCUACCCUCAGUAAUGUUUCCUAGAAUUUUAAAUUGAUUAUGGAAGGAAAAAUAUAUAGCUCUUGCCAAUGUUUGCUGUACCAGCAAGUUGAAAUUAGUGGUUUCUAGAGAAAGAGUCUUUCUAGGUCUACAUAUCAUGAUAAAGUAUUUGUUACUUGAUUUACUUAAAUGAAAAACAACAAGAAAACAAGUUCCAGUUGUUAUUAUCCUCAAAAUAAAAUUGAACUCCAGCCAUUUAUUUCUUCAGGGCAGAUUUAUCUUGCCUGAAGCCACAGCUGGUCCGAGAUAGAUCCAGAGUCAGCCUGUUCCCCCUGCCACUUGCUAGGGCCAGGAAUUGGGAAAGAAUCAACAAAAAAACAGUUGUCUCAUGAAAUUUGUGAUGCUUCCCUCACUGGUGUGAUGACUACCUCAUUCAGCUCCUGUCCCACGCAUUACCACGAUGUCCUGCAUCCCUCCAGAAGGCAAACUGGGGGUUUUCUCCCCUCUUCUGGAUUCUGAGCCCAUUUUUCAGGGAUAUGUUGUUUCUGUUUCCUGCCUGUGUACUGUUACUGCUGUCAUUUCUUUCUGGUUUUUUUCCCCAAAUGUGUGUUUUAUUACAACACAAGCGAAGGGGAGAGGGGCUGGCUCGGGGCUGUUGGAGUAACUGGGUGUUCUGUAACUGUUAAGCUGAGUUUAUUCUGAUGUUACCUGGUUUUGUCAGCUCUGGGAGGUUUUUUUGGGGGAGGGAAAGCGCAGAGCCUGCGAUGCCCCAUCUGUCAGGUGCUCCUGGUUUCACAGAACAACGUGUCCAUGUGUCCCCAGCACCACCCCACACCUGUGCCAGGAGGGGACCCGGGUUCCCCAUGGCCCGUGGUGGGGAGUGGGGGUCCCCUGGUGCCCCAUCAUCAUCCCCAGCUGCCUGGAAAAGCACCAGCCCUUAAUUCUUGCCGAGCUUUGCCCCCUGCCUGCAGAGCUGCCACCACCAGCCUCGUGUUCUGGAUGAAAAAUAGAUGCUAACUGAAAAGGAAGAGAGGGGAAAAAAAAAAAAACAACAAGAAAAAAUAGAAACAUUUCUCUAAUUUACCCAGAGGAAACGUUCCUUGCCACUCUGAAUAAAAGCACAGCCGAGAUAGAAUGUGAAAUAAUUCUGUAUUAAAAGGGGGCAUUAAAGAGGUCAGUAAACCCUUAUGCCUCCAAGAAAAUCAUUUAAACACCAGUUUUGUGGGCUGACCCGGGCUGCAGCGGGGGAUGUGAGCGAGGGGCCCUUCCCUGGCACAGCCUUGCUGUGCAGGGCCAAGGGGAGACCCAGGGAGCAGCCCUGGCUCUGCUGCCUUGGCCCUCUCCAGAAUAUUUUGGUACUCCUGUCACUGUCCCUCUGUGUCACUCGAGAUGAGUUCAGGCUCCUGGGCAAAUCGCAGUCUCUUGGUUUUUUUCCUACUUGCAUUGAAACUGGCCAUGCAAAAAAUGUUCCGAGCUGCAGGGCGGGCAGGAAGGCUUUUUGGAAGGGUUCCAGAUGUAAUUAUCGUGCUUUUUAAUAACUUAAACCUGUCCUCAGAUUUGGUUUAGGAAAAAUCGCUGGGAUCUGUCGGUUUCCUUCAGGCAAACUUGCUCUGCUCCAGGAGAGCAGCGAGCAGCGAGGAUUCUCCCCCGAGCAUGACGAGGACCCCGACUGGAGCAGCUCUGGGGCUGGGGGCCAGCGCCAAGCUCUUCCCUUGGAGCCCCUGGCCUUCCCCUCGAGCUGCAGGGCUGUGCCAGGAGGGAUGGAGGAGGCCUGGGGACACAACUGAUGGCUGGAAAAAUCCCCCCCCAAGCACUGUCUGCUGAGGUUGUUGCCGUUCCCUGUUUGUUGUGAGCUGGAGGUGGCCUGUGAAUCACACUUUGUGCAAAAGUGAAUUCCUUUUUUUUUUUAAAUUUUUUCCAAAUAGGAAACGAGUUGCUUUUGUGAAGAAUACACUGUCUGAUGAAUAUGUUGAAAUUAUUCUUGGGGAGGGGGGGGAAGGAAAAAAAAAAAAAAAUCUAAUUUUGAAUGGAAACACAUUUGUCUGUCAUUGGGGAAAAUUGAUGGUCUUGUUGCUCCAGCUGCUUUUGCAGCUAUGGGUAAUCUCUGAUCCAACCUGUGAGCUGCGGUCCCCGCCGGGGAGAAGCCCAGCCGCUGCGAGCUGUGCCGGGACUGAGACGGAGCCUCCGCCGCUGGCAGCUGGUGUUCAGCUGCUGCUGCCUGGGCUGGGGGCUCCAGACACCCUCAGAGCCGGCUCCAGACACCCUCAGAGCCGGCUCCAGACACCCUCAGAGCCGGCUCUCCCCGGCGGCCGCGGCACCGAGCGCGGUACGUCUCGUCAUGGUGUCUCCGUUGCCGAGUAUAUGAAGAAUAAAUUGUUGUAUAUGCUGAUAUGUAUGUUAUGUACAUUUUCACAGUGAUUGAAUCAUUGUAAACAACAAAAUGGAAAAAGGAAAAAAAAAAAAAAAAAGAAUCACCAUUCUGUCUAUUUUAUGAAGAUGAUAAAGCAGCUUUAUUAAAUUAUUAUGAUUCUGUUUCCAAAUGGUGUACCUGCCACAUUGGGAUUUUUUCAUCUGAUGAGAACUUUGUUUUCCACCUAAAUGUGAUUUUCUUUUCUCUGCUUUGAGCAUCUAAUGCAUUUUAGUAUUAAAGCAAUUAUUGAAUAAAA